UAACAUAAUCAUGCAGUAGCCACGUUUUCUGUUCGGGUACAUUAACACAAAACAUUUAAUUGUAAAAACUGUUAUUCAGCUGAUUUGUAGGCGGAAGUAAAACAAGGGAAAACGUAAUUUCCGGUGUCCGGUCCCCGCCUCCUGUAUACAGACCGCGGAUUUUUGAAAAUAACGACAGUUUCAGUAACAAGACGUAGCGUCAUAGUAAAAAGAUUGACGGCCACACAUCAUAUUGUGAACAUCAUGUCUUCCAUUACCGAUCCAAACAUGAGUAUCAGGUUCACCAGUGCGAUGGAGGAGAUCCACAACAAACAGCUUAAAACAUAUGGGGAGAUAAUUGACGUGACUACAGAGCUGUGCCAGUCCCACAGACAGUUUGUGAAGUCGGCACUUGAUACAUGUUUAAAGAAAUGUAAGGACGAUGAGAUUCUGUUUGACACAAUACAGACAUUCACAAGAGACUUGGAACAGAAAAAUGCAUCUUUGAAAGGCAAACAGCAUGCCAUUUCUGAAAUGAUAUCUGAGAUUCAGCACAAGGAGAUGCAGAAAGAUGACAUCAUCCAGAAGAUAGAGAAACUUAAAGAAGAACAAGUCAAGAGAAAAGAGUUGAUCGAGUCUCAAAAUAAAGCAAACAAACUCAGACUGAGGAAUCUUCAGAAAGCCAGAGUCGUCUUUCAGGAUCAUUUGGGGAUGGAGAUACGAACAAUCUCUGGCAAAACACAAGUGGUUAAAGGUGGAAAGCUGCAGUUUGUUUUCCGGAAUAUCAGCCCUUCAGAUCCGGACAGCGCCUACGUUGUCACAAUGGGGAUUACAGAAGACAGAUCAUACCAGAUUGUGUCAAGUGACCCUGCGCUCGAGUGUUUGCCAGCCUUGGAGAGACGGCUUCAAGAGACCAAUAACUUAGCCGCAUUCCUGGCAAAUAUCAGGAAGGAGUUUAUCUCUCAGGCACGCAGCUGAGAUUGGAGGAAUGGGAGAAUAAAAUGCCAUGCAGUGAAGUUGUUGCUGCAAUGUGGAUACUGUAAAUAUGAAGCUAAAUGAUACUCUUGAUACUGAAAUGAUUCUCCAUGUAUUAAAUAAAGGAUUUUUCACUUAGAAUCAGAGUGCCUCAGAUCCUUUUAACUCUGCCAACAAAUACAAGUGAGCUUGACAGUCAUUAUAACCAUAUAUAUUAUAUUUCAAUUCUUACUCGACUGUUUGUCCUAUCCUUAAAAAGCACUGAUUUUUUUACGUCAAACAUCACCAACACCAUGUCUUUUGACCCAGUAAAGCACUCCUUAUUUAUUCAUUACUGAUAGAUAUGGAUUUAAUAUGCAUUUUUGUAUAAAAUAAGUUAAAAGCUCAAUAAAAAUCUGGACUUGUUACUACAUAAAUACUGGUGUUAAUUUUAUGCACAAGUGUCUGAGCAUGGUCGUGUUGCAGUUUUGAGGAAACUGUUUAUUUGGCAUCAUUUCAAACCCCGGAGUUUGGCCUUGAGAGAACAGGUGUUCACGAGUAAAUGUCUCUAAAUCCUUAAAAAAUUCACCAGUUUACUGUAGAUGCUCUUCAGAAGUAAAGAUGAAUAAAAUAAUUGG